AAAAGAACACUCAGUAACUACUUGCGCAAUGAGCCAGUGGAAUCUUACUUUCUUCUUACUUGAGUAAUCUGAUGCUCUGUCAGAGGGUGUACAGACUGGAAUGCUCAUUGGCUAAUACCUUGAGGGGGUGGAGCUUUCAAUAGGGAAGGAACAGUUAUAAACCAUCACCUGAUUCCCUCACAGCACCUGGAACUAGAGCCUGGAAAAGAUAAGAAAACACAAGCCGGGAGUCAUGGCAGCCAAACCCAAGCUCUACUACUUCCGUGGCCGGGGCAGGAUGGAGUCGAUCCGUUGGCUGCUGGCUGCAGCUGGUGUGGAGUUCGAAGAGGAAUUUUUUGAAACAAGAGAACAAUAUGAGAAGUUGAAGAAAGAUGGACUCCUGCUUUUUGGCCAGGUGCCUCUGGUUGAAAUUGACGGAAUGGCACUGACCCAGACGAGAGCCAUCCUCAGCUACCUUGCUGCCAAGUACAACUUGCAUGGGAAGGAUUUGAAGGAAAGAGUCAGGAUCGACAUGUACGCGGACGGCACUCUGGACCUCAUGAUGAUGGUGGCAUUGGCUGCCUUCAAACCCCCCGGGGAAAAAGAGGAGAACCUGGCUUUAGUGGUGGAGAAAGCGAAAACCCGGUACUUCCCCGUCUUCGAAAAGAUUUUGAAAGACCAAGGAGAGGAUUUUCUCGUUGGCAAUAAAUUCAGCUGGGCAGACAUCCAGCUGUUGGAAGCUAUUUUAAUGAUGGAAGAACUUGAUGCUUCUGUUCUUUCUGACUUUCCUCUGCUACAGGCAUUUAAAACAAGAAUCAGCAACAUCCCAACAAUCAAGAAGUUCCUGCAGCCUGGGAGUCAGAGGAAGCCGCCCCCGGACAGCCACUAUGUCAAGGUUGUCAGGAAUGUUUUGCAGUUCUAAUGCCAGAAGUUUUAUGAUUGCAGCUUAACCAAUCGUAGCAUCCACUUGAUGUCGCCCAUGGAAGCAAACUGUAGAUUCUAAGAGUAAAGUGCAGAUUCUAGGAGUAAAGUGUCUGAAAAACACAAAACCAUAUUAUCAUCAGUGGCAACUGCCAAUUAAAUGCAAUCUAAAACCAU